UUGGCUAUUCUGACGUGUUCUUGUGAAAUCAGCUGAAGGGUGACAGCUGAAAAAUUGUAAAUAUAUUAUAGGUAAAUUAACAUUUAGUUUAAUUUAAAUCAGAAUUAAUAAUUUUGUGAAGUGAAAAUUAGUUAUGGAAGUUAACAAAGAUGAGGCGGAGCGGUGUAUUCAGUUGGCUGAAAAAUACAUUAAAGAGAGAAAUAAGGAAAAAGCAGAGAAAUUUCUAAAGAAGGCCGAGAGGCUCUAUCCUUCACAAAAAGCCAAAGAUUUAUUACUGCAAGCUCAGUUGUUAGCUCCCAACAUAGAGCAUGAGCAGCCUCGAAAACGAAAGCUUAAUACAAAAGUCGAAGAACCACCUGUAAUUGAAUAUACUGAGGAACAGUCAACAGCUGUCUUAAGAAUAAAGAAGUGUAAGGAUUACUAUGAAAUUUUAAAUGUAAACAAAGAUGCUACAGAUUCUGAUAUUAAGAAGGCUUACAAGAAGUUGGCCCUCCAGUUGCAUCCUGAUAAAAACAAAUAUCCAGGGUCAGCAGAAGCCUUUAAAGCCAUUGGGAAUGCCGUGGCUGUUUUAACUGAUCCUGAAAAACGAAAGCAGUAUGAUAUGUUUGGUACUGAUGAGGAAAGGUUGUCCAGACACCAGCACCGUACAGCUAGCUAUGGUUACAGUAGAGGUUUUGAGUCAGAUGCUACCCCUGAAGAAUUGUUUAAUAUGUUCUUUGGAGGCGGUUUUGGAGGACCUAAUGUGUAUGUCAGAAGAAAUGGACGCUGGCAUCGUCAAACCAGUGCUUCAGAGAAUCAUCACAGCCACCGGGAUAUGCAACAGACCAGUGGUUACACAGCAUUCCUACAGAUGCUACCAAUUAUUCUUGCUAUAAUUCUGUCUAUGGCAUCCAGUUUCUUUAUAUCUGAUCCUGCAUACAGUUUGCAACCCACUACGAAGUACACUAUACUGAGAAGAACACAUAAUCUAGACGUGCCCUACUAUGUGAAAGACAAUUUCCAUAGUGAGUAUCAAGGAUCUGUUAAACGACUGGAGACAACUAUUGAGGAGGAAUAUGUGGCCAAUUUGAGACACUCUUGUUAUAGAGAGAAGAAUUAUCGUGAAUCAAUGAUGUGGAAAGCGAAAAGUUUUGGAGAUAAAGACCUGUUUGUAAGUGCUCAGAACAUUAAGAUGCCGUCUUGUGAAAAGUUGCAUAAUCUACGCAGACAAGGCUAAUUAAAUUAAAAUUAGUUCUUACAUCGAUUCUCAUAUUGAUAUUGAUGUUAUUCCGUUGUUUUGUUUUGUUGAUAGAAUUUGUAAAGUAGAAAGCUGUGUACACAAUAUAUUUCUUUUUAAUUUUA